GAGUGAGUUGGCGAACAAAAAAAAAAAUAAAUAAAACAAGCGUAAGCAAGCAAGAGAGACAGUUGAAAGAGAGAGUGAUAAGCGCCUCUCUUGUCAGUUGGGGCUUUUAUAAUGGGCCUGGGCCCCACAGAAGCCGUAGUUGAGUUCGAAGACGGACAACGAAACCGUUAAAAAAAGAACAUUGAAUCGGGAAACUUAACUAAAUUGUACAGAUUCAUACAUACCAUAUCAUAAUUUCGAAAAUAAAUUUACUAAAUUCGCAAGUGCAUUGGCUUCUCUUCUUCCCCUUACCGAUUUGUUAAUUAAACAGCGAAAAGCCGCCUUCAGACGUGGCGGAGUAGAGUGCAAUAAAAACACAAAUAAAAAUCAGAAGCAAAACAAAAUCCCCAAAGUGGAAGUGUUCAAGUUAGUAAAAAUACAACAAAAGUGUAUAAAUAUAUGGAUGUGUGCCCGCCAGCGACUUUAAUUAUGUAUAACGAGACACAAAAACAAAAAUAAAACAAAAAACACACACAAAGAAAUCAACAAGUGUGUUUUGACGUCGACGUUUCGUUUGUCUCGUCUGUUGGUCUACUUCGCUUUCAUUCAUGCGGUCAACUCGAAUCAACAUUCAGAACCAACAACAAAUAACAAAAGCAACAACAAUAACAACAACAGAAGCUGAUAAAACGGCAGAACUGUAACCCGCCUCUGCCUGGUCAUUACUUGAAUUAAAACUUGGAUUGCCAACCAUGGUGUCUGGACUGGUGGGAGAUCUAUAACUACCACAGGAAUAACUAACAAGAAUAUACCAUGAAGCAUCCCCAAGAUUUGACAAUCACCGAUGGACAGCAGCUAAUGAAGGUCGAUAAAGUGGAGAAUAUGGAACAGGACUUGCAUGAGUCUGAAUCUGAAAGCCAUAUAAUGCAUUCGGAUGCUUUGUCUGUGGGUCAUCCGGCAACAUCCCAUAGCCCAAUUGGACAUGUCCUUAGUCCCAAUGCGGUGGGUUUGGGCCUGAGCAAUAGCAGUAAUCAGAGUAGCGAGAAUUUCACUGUCUGCAAUGGCAACAGUAGUAGCACUAACAACAACAAUAACAACGUAUACUCUCCCAACAAUAACAACAACAGUAGUGGAAGUACCAGCAGUCAACAACAGCAACAACAACAGCAGCAGCAACAACAACAAUCGCCCACCGUCUGUGCAAUCUGCGGAGAUCGGGCAACGGGUAAACAUUACGGAGCCUCAAGCUGUGACGGCUGUAAGGGAUUUUUCCGGCGGAGUGUGAGGAAAAAUCAUCAGUAUACCUGCAGAUUCUCUCGCAAUUGUGUGGUCGACAAGGAUAAGCGUAAUCAGUGCCGUUAUUGCCGGCUACGUAAGUGCUUCAAGGCCGGGAUGAAGAAGGAAGCCGUACAAAAUGAACGUGAUCGGAUCAGUUGUCGUCGCACCUCCAACGACGAUCCCGAUCCGGGCAAUGGCUUGUCGGUGAUAUCCCUGGUCAAGGCAGAGAACGAGUCGCGGCAAUCGAAGGCUGGUGCAGCCAUGGAGCCCAAUAUCAAUGAGGAUCUGUCGACGAAACAGUUUGCCAGCAUCAACGACGUGUGCGAAUCGAUGAAGCAGCAGCUCCUCACUCUCGUGGAGUGGGCCAAGCAGAUACCGGCCUUUAACGAGCUUCAACUGGACGAUCAGGUGGCCCUUCUGCGCGCCCAUGCCGGAGAACAUCUACUCCUGGGCCUGUCGCGCCGAUCGAUGCACCUAAGGGAUGUUCUGCUGCUGAGCAACAACUGUGUGAUUACCAGACAUUGUCCAGAUCCACUUGUCUCGCCCAAUUUGGAUAUAUCGAGAAUAGGGGCGCGCAUCAUUGAUGAACUGGUUGUGGUGAUGAAAGAUGUGGGCAUUGACGAUACGGAAUUCGCCUGCAUUAAGGCGUUGGUGUUCUUUGAUCCAAAUGCCAAGGGCCUGAACGAGCCGCAUCGCAUCAAAUCCUUGCGCCAUCAGAUACUCAACAAUCUCGAGGACUACAUAUCAGACCGGCAAUACGAGUCGCGUGGACGGUUUGGGGAAAUUUUGCUUAUCUUGCCAGUUUUGCAGUCCAUCACCUGGCAGAUGAUCGAGCAAAUACAAUUUGCCAAAAUCUUUGGAGUGGCCCAUAUUGAUUCCCUGCUCCAGGAGAUGUUGCUAGGCGGCGAGUUGGCUGACAAUUCGUUGCCUUUGUCGCCACCCAAUCAUCCAAACGAUUACCAGAGUCCGACGCACGGAGGCAGCUUAGACGCCAGCCAGGGAGUUAACCCCUCCACACUAGAGACACUGGCUGGGGGUUCCAGUAAUGGUCUGGACAUAGAUGUGCAACACAUCCAGGCACUAAUCGAGGCCAACCAUGCAGAGGACACGUUCCGAGCUUAUGCCGCCAGCUCAGCGGCAGCUGCAGCUGCAGUAGCCGCCUCCACCUCAUCAGCAUCUACCCCUACACCUACAGUGGCUGUUGCUCCGGCUGCAGUGUCCCCGCCGUUGGGCAGUCCCAAGUCACAACAACAACAGCAACAGCAGCCACAUCAGGAGAGUCCGUAUAUUGAUUCCGCUGCAAGAAAUUACAACAACAGCCGAUCCGCCGGCCUACAGACACAACAACACAGUCCACAGCGUAUGCAUCCAUACCAAAGAACCGCCACGUCGGCGUCGCCGGCCGACUCCGCCGUUGGUCUGGGCAUACGCAAUCCCGCGGACAUAACACUCAACGAAUACAAUCGGAGUGAGGGGAGCAGCGCCGACGAGCUGCUAUGUCGCACGCCCCUCAAGAUUCGUGCCCCCGAGCUACUGACCACCAGUCAAGCCAACUAUGUGAUGGAACCCUGUCGCAUGACGCUCAAACAGGAACCCGAAACGGGAUACUAAAACCUUGGUGCAAUGGCCUUCUGUUGGCAUACCCCCUUCCCCCACACCCACAAAUAUACAGGCCCGUCUUGCUAGCUCCUAAGUGCCUAACUAAAACGGAAAUAAAAAACUUACUUAAUUGUUAUGCCUUGAAA